GAACUCCAGCUGUGAGAACGGAGUCUUUAUUACACAUCACACGUUCUGUAUUCUCUCUGAUUUACUGAGGAUGGACAAGAACAGGAGUCAUAGGACUGAGAGGAUAAUAAAUAUCACCCUGGAGAUCAUCUACCUGCUGACUGGGGAGGAUUACACAGUAGUGAAGAAGACAUCCAAUGAGUGUGAGAUAUUCAACAGCUGUCCCCGUGUGUCAGGAGGACUGAGUAGAACCCAGAGACCCAUCCCAGUGCCUCCACCUCACUCACUAAUACAUGAGAGACUCAAUGACCAAAAGAUCCUGGAACUCACCAACAAGAUCAUUCAGCUGCUGACUGGAGAGGAGGAGGAGUAUAUAGAGGAACACAGGGGUCUGUACAAGGACGUGAUGAUGGAGAAUCACUGGCCCCUCACAUCACUGGAUGGACCCAGCAACAGAGAUACCCCAGAGAGAUGUCCCCGUCCUCUGUAUUCCCAGGAUUGUACAGAGGAGAAUCACAGGAUCCCACAGGAGGAUCAGGAUGAAGCCCAAUUAAAUAAUAUUAAAAUCAAAGAUACAGAGGGAGAAGAAGAGAUGUAUGUGACUGAUAUAAAGGCAGAAGAUAUAGAUGGAGAAGAAGAGACGUAUGUGACUGAUAUGAAGGCAGAAGAUACAGAGGGAGAAGAAGAGACGUAUGUGACUGAUAUGAAGGCAGAAGAUAUAGAUGGAGAAGAAGAGACGUAUGUGACUGAUAUAAAGGCAGAAGAUAUAGAUGGAGAAGAAGAGACGUAUGUGAGGGGUGAUCAGCAGUCUAAGGAGGAGGAGAUCCCUACAGAUAUCAGCACAGAUGGACACACAAGCAGGAACAUCUCAGAAGGACAUCUAAUGUUAUCCCCGGAUUGUGACAUAAAAGAUAAUGACAGUAGACAGGAUUCUCCAGGAGCUAAUCCCAUUACCCCAAUUAUACAUCCAGCUCUAUCAGCUGGUCCCUCUGAUCCUGGGAAAUGUUCUGCUGAUAACUCUGAUAUUGGUGCAUCUGUUACAGCUCUGAGAGUAGAUACAGUGUUUCCCUGUUCUAUAGAUGCCAAAUGUUUUACACAGAACACAAAACGUAUUACCCAUCAGCCAGCUAAGGAAGGUGAGAGGCCAUUUCCAUGUUCUGAGUGUGGGAAAUGUUUUGCACGGAAAUCAAAUCUUGUUAUACAUCAGAGAAGUCACACAGGUGAGAAGCCAUUUUCUUGCUCUGAGUGUGGGAAAUGUUUUAUAUGGAAAUCACAACUUGUUACACAUCAGCGAAGUCACACAGGUGAGAAGCCGUUUUCUUGUUCUGAGUGUGGGAAAUGUUUUUCCCAGAAAUCACAACUUGUUACACAUCAGAGAAGUCACACAGGUGAGAAGCCAUUUUCUUGCUCUGAGUGUGGGAAAUGUUUUAGAUGGAAAACACAACUUGUUACACAUCACAGAAGUCACACAGGUGAGAAGCCAUUUUCUUGCUCUGAGUGUGGAAAACAUUGUUUAAAUAAAUCACAUCUUGUUAUACAUCAGAGAAGUCACACAGGUGAGAAGCCAUUUUCUUGCUCUGAGUGUGGGAAAUGUUUUACACGGAAAUCACAACUUGUUAGACAUCGGAGAACUCGCACAGGUGAGAAGCCAUUCCCAUGUUCUGAGUGUGGGAAAUGUUUUACAUACAAAUCACUUCUUGUAACACAUAAGAGAAUACAUACAGGUGAGAAACCAUAUCCAUGUUCUGAUUGUGGGAAAUGUUUUGCAUACAAAACAACUCUUGUUGCACAUAAGAGAAGUCACACAGGUACAUCGCCAUUUCCAUGUUCUGAGUGUGGGAAAUGUUUUGCACACAAAUCAAAUCUUGUUAAACAUCAGAGAAGUCACUCAGGUGAGAAUAUAUUUUCUUGCUCUGAGUGUAAGAAAUGUUUUACCCAGAAAUCACAACUUGUUAGACAUCAGCGAAGUCACACAGGUGAGAAGCCAUUUCCAUGUUCUGAGUGUGGGAAAUGUUUUGCACACAAAUCAGUUCUUGUUAGACAUCAGAGAAUUCACAUAGGUGAGAAGCCAUUUUCUUGCUCUGAAUGCGGGAAAUGUUUUACCCAGAAAUCACAACUUGUUAGACACGAGAGAAGUCACACUGGUGAGAAACCAUUUACAUGUUCUGAGUGUGGGAAAUGUUUUGCACACAAUCCGGAUCUUGUUAGACAUCAGAGAAGUCACACAGGUGAGAAGCCAUUUUCUUGCUCUGAGUGUGAGAAAUUGUGGGGGAAAUGUUUUACACAGAAAUCACAUCUUGUUACACAUCAGCGAAGUCACACAGGUGAGAGGCCAUUUACUUGCUCUGAGUGUGGGAAGUGUUUUGCACGGAAAUCACACCUUGUUGUACAUCAGAGAAGUCACACAGGUACUGAGAACCCAGUCCCAAUCCUAAAUGUUUGUCUAGCUGAGCUCCAAGUGUGGGUGAUGCCAGUUGGCUGUGACUCAGUCCUGGUGAAACAGGUCCUUAUGAUAGAAGCUCACCAACAAAGGGCAGGGCUACAGCUCAGCUUUGCACACCAACCAAACUUAUGCUUGUGGGUUCAGAGUUACAGAAUGCUGAUCAUGUGCGGAAUCUUGGUGUCCUGGAUGGUGGAGUGA